GCAUAUUGAGCUAAGGUUACAGCUAGAGCUCAUAAAAAUACUUACUUGCCUAGCAGUUCGUCUCAACCAGCAUGGCUUGAUGAAUUGACUGAUUCUGUAGUGCUGUCCUUCCAGCGUUCACGGGCUUCAUUCGUGGCGGAGCCCAAUUCAUGGAACACCCUCUCGAAACUUGAGCUUUGCGGCGAAUCAGACUGCUUGAAUGUUUUCUAGUGAACUCCCAGUGCAAUGAUGUGGCAAAGUUAGUUUCUUGAAGCUUCAGGGGAAGUGGAUGGACUUGAGCAGUAGUCUCGUGGGGGCUCUGCGCCAUUGUCGGCGCUUUCGAGCUCUCAAACCUGGAAGAUCAGUUCACGCUCAGGUGAUCAAGCUUGGGCUCUCGGAUGAUGUGUAUUUCGCUAACAAUCUGAUCUCCAUGUACGUGGGUUCGAGUGAACUGGGCGAUGCAUAUAAGCUGUUUGAUGGUAUGCCCUACAAGAAUCUGGUCACUUGGGGUACUAUGGUUUCCGCCUAUGUUAAUGUGGGAGAGCCUGUGGUUGCUCUCAGAUUGUACCACCGAAUGUUGGAGUCCGGAGCAGAGACGCCCAACGAGUUCGUGUACUCUGCGGUUCUGAAAGCUUGCGGUCUCUUGGGUGAUCUUGAUUUGGGUAGAAGGCUUCAUAGCAGGAUUUCCGCAGCUAAAAUGGAGUCUGACACUGUUUUGAUGAACUCCCUUAUCAACAUGUAUGUCAGGUGUGGGAGUGUGAGUGAUGCCAGGAGCGUUUUUGGAGAAAUAUCGCCGAAGACAUCGGUUUCGUGGAAUACUAUGAUCUUCGGGUACUGUGAGGAAGGUUUAAUGGAUGAGGCGUUGAGUUUGUUUCAUCAGAUGCCAGGCCGGAAUGUUGUCUCUUGGAACAGCAUUGUUGCUGGUUUUGCAGAUCAGGGAAGCCCGCGGGCACUGGAUUAUGUCCAUAUGAUGCACCACCAAGGUUUAGAGCUUGAUGGUUUCACAUUCUCCUGUGCUCUCAAAACCUGCGGUUCUCUUGGUUUGCUAGCUUUUGGGCAACAAGCUCAUGGUUAUGUUGUUAAGUCGGGCCUGGAAUCUAGUUGUUACUCUGCAUCGGCGCUGGUUGAUAUGUAUUCUCAAUGUGAUGAACUAGGUGAGGCACUCAGAGUGCUUGACGAAUGCACGAAUUUCAGAUUUUCAGAUCAUGAAACUUUGGCUCUUUAUAAUUCCAUACUUUCUGGAUAUGUUGCCUGUGGACACAACAGGGCUGCUCUCAAACUGCUCUCGGAAAUUUACUGGUCAGGGGUGCGCAUGAAUUCUUACACCUUUAGCAGUGGCUUGAAGGCCUGCUUUAACUUGCUUGACUUGGGACUUACAAUUCAAUUACAUGCUUUAGUUGUUACCAGUGGAUAUGAAUUGGACUAUAUUGUUGGAAGCAUUCUUGUAGAUUUAUAUGCAAAGCAUGGGAAUAUUCAGAUUGCAUUGAGAUUGUUUGACCUACUUCCACAGAGAGAUAUUUUGGCAUGGUCUGGCUUGAUUGUGGGGUGUGCAAAGCUGGGGCACGACUUGUUUGCUCUCUCCAUUUUUAGGGAUAUGAUGGCUUCAGGUGUGUAUGUGGAUGAGUUUGUAAUUUCAUGUAUUAUAAAAAUCUGUUCAAGCUUAGCAUCUAUCAGAAAUGGCAAACAGGUGCAUACUUUGAGUGUCAAGAGUGGGUAUGAACUAGAGGAGGUUACUGUUACGUCUCUAAUCGAUAUGUAUUCAAAAUGUGGUGACAUUGAGGAUGGCUUAAAACUAUUUGGCAGCACUUUAAUAAAGGGCACUGUUUGUUGGACGGCUAUUAUUACGGGUUGUGCACAAAAUGGACGAGCAGUGGAGGCAAUUGGGUUGUUCUAUGAGAUGUUACAAACAGGGCAAAAGCCCAAUGAAGUUACCUUCUUGGGUGUUCUUGCAGCCUGUAGACAUGCUGGGCUGAUUGAAGAGGCAAAAAUAGUAUUCAGUUCCAUGGGCAGUGAACAUGGACUAAUACCUCAUUGCGAGCAUUACUACUGCAUGGUUGAUCUUCUUGGUCAAUUCGGGCAUUUUGAAGAGGCAGAAAAAUUAAUUUCCAGUAUGCCAUUUAAACCUGAUAAAACCAUAUGGUGCUCGUUGCUGGAGGCUUGUGCAAGUCAUGGUAAAACUGAACUAGUUGAUGGCAUUGCAGAGAACCUCCUUGCAAUCUCUCCGGAAGACCCCUCAAUAUAUGUGAUGCUCUCAAACGUCUAUGCAACACUGGGUCUGUGGGCAAACCUGACCAAAGUGAGAAAAUCUGCUAAGAAACUGGGGACUAAAGAAGCUGGAAAAAGCUGGGUGGAGAUUUCAACCUAGAAGUCUUGAUUUCCAGCAUGCGUAACGGAGUUUUGAUUUUAUGCAAAAAUGACUUUCAGGGUUCGAAAGCAUAAGAUAGCUCUUUCUGCAGUCGAUCACAUGGAAGGAAGAUGUGGAUGCUUCCUAUAGUACCAGAAAAGCUGUUAGAAACUCUAGAUAUGCCUGUUCACAUUAUCUUAAAAUGUUUCUACGUCUUUCACUUUAGAGGGAAGUGAAGAAGACAUGUCAUAUUGGUCUAUGCCUCUAUAGGCUCACAAAUCUUCUAUUCGCCACAUUGAGUUCUUGAGGAGUCGAGAACUUGAUAUCUGAGAAGCAUAAUCUGGCAGGUGCUGCUUUGCAGCUACAUUAUGCACCAAAUUCAGAGCCUUGCAGUUUGUAUAUUCCAAACUGGAAGGUGGAAGCAAUGUUGAAAAGGAAGGGGAAAAAUUGCAAGGUUAUUUCUCUUCAACAGUCCAUGUGCACAUAUACAAAGAUAUGUUUACUGUUAUAUAGUAUCAGUGCACAUAUACCUGUUAUUACACGCAUGCAAUAAGACCAUUCAAAUUAAUCAUUAGAAGAAAGACAACUUUGGACUAGAGAGCAAAUCUAGAUUGAUUUUGCAAGUCCUUAGGAAGAUAGUGAAUUAGAAAAGGACUUGCAAUCAGUUCCAAUUUGGGUUGUCAUUACUUGUUGGUUCUCACUCUAAAAAAUUGUGUCCUUCAUUUAUUUACAUUAUAUAUUUUAAGUUUCAGAUGAAGCAGAAAUGAAGUAUGUGUUUCUGUGUGCAUCAGCAUCCGUGUGGUUUUGAUUUAAAUUCUGGCGCCACGUUUUUAACCUUUUUUCAUGAGGCAUGGGUAUCUAAUUGGCAAAUUACGUGAUUUCUUCAAGAUUGAAACUUCCUUGAACUUGAACAUUACCCUUUCUUAUGUCCAGAAAGUCAGAGAUUGGAAGGCACUGAAUGCCUGGUUCAGGCUCAGUUCCACUGUGGCUCAUAUUCAGUUAGGCUCGAGGUCGUAUGUCAGCUGAUGGAUAUAGUUCUUAGACAACACUCGCGUUUAGACUGACAUGAUUCUAUCAUAAAUCGUUCCUGAAACACUAGUACUGGCAUUCGCCAGAUCAGUCUUUGGUGGAGGAAUUUCUGUCUCGCAGAAGCUUGUGGCCUGAGUGCCUUUUUCCUUCGUCGCUGUCAAUGGAAAUCGGGCUGGUUUUAUCCAACCCUGUCAUAAGCAUAUUCUAGAGCCAAUCUCUCUUCCUUCAAAGGGAAAUGUGAAUAUGCACCAACCAACCCCAGAUGAUGCCGGAGCAAAGCAAAGCCUCCCUUUUUGGGGUGGUUCUAUUGUGGUUUAUCCCCUUGUCUGUGGCGCUGUGAAUGACAGCAAGGCCUUCAAAUCCGUCAAUAGUUGCGACUCCAAAGAAGCAUAUGUUUAGAUAGGACGAGAUAGUCCCUGCAAACUUUCAACCUAAGGUGUUGGUAUCCAGGUGCCUGACUUGUUGACAUCACAUUAAUAAGUCUUGGUGGCCGUUUUCACACGUCUACUUCUGUACGUGGCAGGAAAAGAAAGCCUGGUGAAAUUUGAUUAUGCCUUGGAAGUAGGAUAGUUUUUGAAUGGCUCACCUCCAGCAUGCUUGAUUUGGGACUGAUUAUGGAAUCACGGGGCUGACCUAAAACCAUGCUUGAUUCGUGUGAAUAUAGAUUCAUAGCAUGACAGAGAGAAACUAAAGUCAUUCGAGACUAAAUUUUUCACUCAGAUAUGACAUCACCGAUUCUGGUUAGCUGAAUCUCCCAGACACAACGCAAAAGAAUCCAUUUUUGGGCAUUCGCUCUGUUAUUCCAGUGCCAGUCAUGAGUAAUCUCUCUGCUUUCUCCUAAUAUGUAGUGCAAAUCAGACGAUCAGAGGGCUUCAGCACUUAACAGUACCAGUUCUUCAUGGAGUACGGUGCCGCUAAUUGAUGCUUGCUCCAAGCUAUAGUUACAUCCUUUCUCAGUACUUUUUUUUUAUCUUUUUUCAUCUUCACUAGGAUUAUCAGAGGUAGUAUAAAAGACAAACUGUUCAGGUACAUUUAAGAAAUGUACAAAGUUCACAUGUUCUACCUAUAGUGUAAUGGUCUAGUCUACCACAUGACUAGGACUUCUCGAUCUCAAUGAAAGUCAAUGAGUAGUGUGUUCAUCU